AUGGGGUUCACCGAUCUGCUAUCGGAUGCCGGUCUCACUGUUCUCAACGACUGGUUGAGCACUCGCUCUUACAUCACCAGCUAUUCGCCCUCUCAGGCCGAUGUCGCCGUCUUCAAGGCCUUGAGCGCCUCCCCUGAGGCCGCCAAGUAUCCUCACGCAGCGCGCUGGUACAAGCACAUCGCUAGCUACGAUGCCGACUUCGCCACCCUUCCUGGUGACGCGGGUAAGUCGUACACGGUCUACGGUCCCGACGUCAGCGUCGCCACUUUGAAUCCUGCCAAGGCUGCGGCUGCCGCGGAGGACGACGACGAUGUCGACCUGUUCGGCAGCGAUGAUGACGAGGAGGAGGAUGCCGAGGCCGCCCGCGUCCGCGAGGAGCGCCUAGCUGAGUACCGCAAGAAGAAGGAGUCCAAACCCAAGCCUGCCGCCAAGUCGGUGGUCAUAUUGGACGUCAAACCCUGGGAUGAUGAGACCGACAUGGCUGCUCUCGAGUUCGCCGUGCGCGGCAUCGAGAAGGACGGUCUGGUAUGGGGCUCUUCCAAGUUGAUGCCCGUUGGCUUCGACAUCAAGAAGCUGCAGAUCAGCCUCGUGAUCGAGGAUGAGAAGAUCAGCCUGUCCGAACUUGAGGAGGAGAUCCAGGAAUUCGAUGACUAUGUCCAGUCCACGGAUGUUGUCACCAUGCAGAAGCUGUAA